AUGUCACACGAUCAAGAGAUGGAUGAUCCGUAUAUGUAUGAUGCGGAUGUCGAGGCGCAGAACAUUACCCCGGAGGAUUGUUGGACAGUUAUUUCGUCGUUUUUCCAGGAAAAGGGUUUAGUUUCACAGCAACUCGACUCGUUUGAUGAAUUCAUUGAAUCAACAAUUCAAGAAUUAGUAUGGGAAGAUUCCCACUUGAUUUUGGACCAGCCAGCACAGCAUACAUCGGAAAAGGACCAUGAUAACAAGAGAUAUGAGAUCAAUUUUGGAAAAAUUUACAUCUCCAAGCCAACUCAGACUGAAGGUGAUGGUACUACGCACCCUAUGUUUCCGCAAGAAGCAAGACUUCGUAAUCUUACAUACUCUUCGCCCAUAUAUGUUGAUAUGACAAAGCGAGUGUUUACAUCUGAUGAUAACAAGCGAAUAGAUAACGAGUUGGAGUGGCAUGAAAUCGACGUUGAAGGAGAGAAAAAGACUUCAAAGGUUUAUCUCGGUAAAGUUCCUAUAAUGUUGAGAUCAAAAUUCUGUAUGUUGAGAGACUUGGGAGAACAUGAAUUUUAUGAGUUAAAGGAAUGUCCUUAUGAUAUGGGUGGAUAUUUCGUCAUUAAUGGGUCAGAGAAAGUCCUUAUUGCCCAGGAAAGAAGUGCAGCAAAUAUCGUGCAAGUGUUUAAAAAAGCAGCACCAUCACCAAUCUCACAUGUAGCAGAAAUUAGAUCGGCAAUCGAAAAGGGGUCACGUUUGAUCUCGUCAAUGCAAAUCAAGUUAUAUGGUCGUGAUGAGAAGGGAACCUCUGCAAGAACUAUCAAGGCUACUUUGCCAUAUAUCAAGGAAGACAUCCCCAUUGUUAUUGUAUUUAGAGCAUUGGGUAUCGUGCCAGAUGGUGAUAUCUUGGAGCACAUUUGUUAUGAUCAGAAUGAUUGGCAAAUGUUGGAGAUGUUGAAACCAUGUGUCGAAGAAGGUUUUGUUAUUCAAGAGCGUGAAGUUGCACUUGAUUUCAUUGGUAGAAGAGGUGUUCUUGGUAUUCGUAGAGAAAAACGUAUUCAAUAUGCUAAGGAUAUUUUGCAAAAGGAGUUGCUUCCAAACAUCACACAAGAGGAAGGUUUUGAAACACGAAAGGCGUUUUACCUUGGUUACAUGGUGAAUAGAUUAUUACUUUGUGCGUUGGAAAGAAAGGAACCAGACGACAGAGAUCAUUUCGGUAAAAAAAGGCUAGAUUUAGCGGGACCUUUAUUAGCCAACUUGUUCCGAAUCUUGUUUAAAAAAUUAACAAAAGAUAUUUACAACUACAUGCAGAGAUGUGUUGAAAAUGAUAAGGAGUUUAACUUGACAUUGGCUGUUAAGUCCCAAACAAUUACUGAUGGGUUAAGAUACUCCCUUGCCACCGGUAACUGGGGUGAGCAAAAGAAAGCCAUGAGUUCCAGAGCUGGUGUCUCACAAGUGUUGAAUAGAUACACUUACUCGUCUACAUUGUCGCAUUUGAGAAGAACCAAUACACCAAUCGGAAGAGACGGUAAGAUUGCCAAACCAAGACAGUUGCAUAAUACUCAUUGGGGUUUGGUUUGUCCUGCCGAGACUCCAGAAGGUCAAGCGUGUGGUUUGGUGAAGAACUUGUCGCUUAUGUCGUGUAUCUCUGUGGGUACGCCCUCAGAUCCUAUCUUGUCGUUUCUUCGUGAUUGGGGUUUAGAGCCUUUAGAGGAUUAUACUCCUGCCAACUCACCAGAUGUCACUAGAGUUUUUGUUAAUGGUGUUUGGGUAGGUGUCCACAGGGAGCCAGCUUCUUUGGUUGAUUAUAUGCGUGAUCUUAGACGAAAUGGUGACAUUUCUCCUGAAGUGUCACUCAUCAGAGAUAUUAGGGAGAAGGAAUUCAAAAUCUUUACUGAUGCAGGUAGAGUUUAUCGUCCAUUAUUCAUUGUUGACGAUAAACCUGAUUCUGCUACCAAAGGUGAUUUGAAACUUCAAAAAGAACAUGUUAAUCAGCUUUUGGAGUCUUCAUACGAAGGAUAUGAUGAAGAUGAUGAGGAUGCGGCACCAAAAUAUACAUGGUCUUCAUUGGUUAAGGAAGGUAUUGUUGAAUAUGUCGAUGCUGAAGAAGAAGAAACGAUUAUGAUUGCCAUGACGCCCGAUGAUCUUGAAGCUUCAAAGAGCAGUUUGACCGAGACUCAACAACAAAACUUGCAAAUGGAAGAGCAAGAGCUUGAUCCAGCAAAGAGAAUCAAACCCACAAACAGUAGUAACACGCAUACGUUUACUCAUUGUGAGAUUCACCCUUCAAUGAUUCUUGGUGUUGCAGCCUCGAUUAUUCCGUUCCCUGAUCAUAAUCAAUCGCCACGUAACACAUAUCAAUCUGCGAUGGGUAAGCAAGCCAUGGGUGUCUUUUUGACAAACUAUUCAGUGAGAAUGGACACAAUGGCUAAUAUUCUUUACUAUCCUCAAAAACCUCUUGCCACCACUAGGGCUAUGGAACAUUUGAAGUUUAGAGAACUUCCUGCAGGACAAAAUGCCAUUGUUGCCAUUGCAUGUUACUCUGGUUACAACCAAGAAGAUUCUAUGAUUAUGAACCAAUCUUCAAUUGAUAGAGGUUUGUUUAGAUCUUUGUUCUUUAGAUCAUACAUGGACCUUGAGAAACGACAAGGAAUGAAGGCAUUGGAAACAUUUGAGAAGCCUUCGAGGUCAGAUACUUUACGUUUGAAACAUGGAACUUAUGAGAAAUUAGAUGACGAUGGAUUAAUUGCACCUGGUGUGAGAGUCAGUGGAGAGGAUAUUAUUAUUGGUAAGACGACGCCUAUUCCACCUGACACCGAGGAAUUGGGUCAAAGGACGCAAUACCAUACAAAGAGAGACGCAUCAACACCAUUGAGAAGUACUGAGUCCGGUAUUGUUGAUCAAGUGUUGUUGACAACAAAUGGUGAUGGUGCCAAGUUUGUGAAGGUGAGAAUGAGAACAACCAAGAUUCCACAAAUUGGUGACAAGUUUGCUUCUCGACACGGUCAAAAGGGUACCAUUGGUGUUACAUAUAGACAUGAGGAUAUGCCGUUCACGAGUGAAGGUGUUGUACCUGAUUUGAUUAUUAAUCCUCACGCAAUUCCAUCUCGUAUGACGGUUGCGCAUUUGAUUGAGUGUCUUUUGUCUAAAGUGUCGGCAUUGUCAGGUCUUGAAGGUGAUGCGUCGCCAUUCACAGAUGUCACUGCUGAAGCUGUUUCCAAGUUGCUUAGAGAACAUGGUUACCAAUCAAGAGGAUUUGAAGUUAUGUACAAUGGUCAUACAGGUAAAAAGCUUAUGGCGCAAGUCUUUUUUGGUCCAACAUAUUAUCAAAGAUUGAGACAUAUGGUCGACGACAAGAUCCAUGCCAGAGCUAGAGGUCCCGUGCAAGUGUUGACUAGGCAACCAGUUGAAGGUAGAUCAAGAGAUGGUGGUUUACGUUUCGGAGAGAUGGAGAGAGAUUGUAUGAUUGCGCACGGUGCAGCCGGGUUCCUUAAAGAAAGGUUGAUGGAAGCCUCAGAUGCAUUCCGUGUGCAUGUUUGUGGAGUAUGUGGUUUAAUGUCUGUUAUUGCAAAUUUGAAGAAGAAUCAAUUCGAGUGUCGUUCGUGUAAGAACAAGACAAAUAUUUACCAGAUCCACAUUCCAUACGCAGCCAAAUUAUUAUUCCAAGAGUUGAUGGCGAUGAACAUUACCCCGAGAUUGUACACAGAGAGUUCGGGAGUGAGUAUCAGGGCAUAA